AAUAUCAGAUCUCGCGACGGUUUAGUUGUAUCGAGACUUGCAGAGAACGCGUCAGAGUUAAUCUACGGAGCAACACUAUUAUUAAUUCUAACAAACACAGCCGUUGACAUGAUGGGAUUCUGUUUUUUACUCCCUCUGUUCGUUUUGCUCCUUCAUGGUGUUUUUGGUGAUGAUGUGGUGAAAGAGAUCGAGGGAGAGACUGUCACUCUAAACACUGAUAUAAUCAAAAAAGAGCAUGACAAGUUGCUGUGGUAUUUUGAAGACACUCGCAUCGCUCUGAUCAAUGGACAUCCCAACACGAGCUGUUUAUAUGAUGGAGAAGACGGGAGAUUCAGAGACAGACUGGAGGUGGACUAUGAGACUGGAUCUCUGAUCAUCACAAACAUCACAACUCAACACACUGGACGUUAUGAAGCAGAGAUCAUCAGAAGUGAGAGUUCGGGGAAAAGACAAAGUUUAAACAGAAACCGCAAGUGUGACAGCACAAAAAUCACCAAAAAAAUCAGCAUCAGUCAUGAUGAUAACAUAAAAACUUUCAAGGUGAUCGUCAAUGCUGCUCUGUCUGAUCAAGUCACAACUGAAGAAGAGCCCCGUAUGGAGAAGAGGGAGUUUGACUUGGGUUCAGGUCUGUCUUCAGCUGCUGUAGCAGGAAUUGUUGUUGGUGUUAUUGUUGUUCUGCUGCUGCUGACUGUUGUAGCUGCUGUUAUUAAAUAUCGCAGCAGGAGCUCCAGAAAUACAGACAUGGAGAAAAACAAGUAUGAAGGAUUGCCCUUAGAUUAGAAACGAUACUGUACUGAAACCUGACAUCAUUUUAAAUGUCAAAUAAACCUUAACAGAA